AUAAAACCAAUUAAAAUAUUUAAAAGAACAACUUUCUGCGGGGAGGAAUUGAAUUUGCAAUUGAGGUUCAACCUGCUACCAUCGACCACCCCCAUCCUCCCUAUAAAGGGAAAGGGGGGAGGAUUUGGACCCCUCUCAACAAAUAGGGUUGAGGUGGGAGGACAGGAGAAAAAUGGGCCAAGAAACAACCUGCAACGCCGCUUGGAAGACAAAAGGACAAGGAAAAGUCGCCAUAUUGAAGCAGGGAAGAAAAAAAUUCCUUUUAACGACACAAAUCCUUUAGAAAGCUAGCAUUCAAUUGCACUAAAUGGCUUUUAAAAUUACUCCUGAAUUCCACAUUUCCCAACCUUUCCACCCCCUAUUAGACUGUAUUACCACCCACCAAAACGUAUCAAGUUAAAAUGUUAAUCACUUUUGCUCUUAAAUAACCUAUGCAACCUGCAACAAUUACAAAACAUUACCUCCCCAUUAUCUUGUAUGUACUGGCACUAAGAUUAUAUUUUGUACUGAAUUAAGUGUCUUGCAAUCUUUAUUCCUAGAUUGCCACCUAUUUUAACCACACAAAUAUACCCCAAGCAAAUUACAUUAAAAUUGAGAGGAUUUAACAAUCAUUUAAAAAGUCAUAGCCAGCUAUUAUUUCUCUGCCCAUCUCCUUACCCUGCAAUCUUUAUGUACAGAUUGCUUAUUAAUCUGGCAAAUUGAAAGGCGCCCUGCUUGUCUCACACACAAAGAAGUGGGACUUCUGGGCCACAAGAUCCACCAUCUUUUGUAUGUGAGCUCAUUAACCCUUUUGAAGACUGCUAACAAGAGGAAGUUAACCAUUCCUCCUUAUAAAAAGCAAACACUUAUGGCUUUGGCAGUCUGGAAAUUGGCUGGAUUACGAAGGGUUAACCAUCAAAAUCCUCACUUGCUGGCCCUCCCGCCACCCUUUCCUUUCCUGCAGCAGGGCAGGAAGGUAGGUGGUAGGGGAGAGAGAACAAGACUGUUUAAGACCAAAGGCCCUUUUUUAAUGGAGAUUAAGUGACCGGCUUGGUCCUUCUCCAGUUCUCUAUUUUGUUCUAUUGGCUCAUUUCUUCCUCUCAUUAUUUUUGGUUUCACAACGGGAAACGUUGAUUUCUUGUUGCAAGGCUGGUUUUGGAAAAUUCGACACUUACUAUCCAAUUUUUUUGCGACGUCAGCACCUCGGGCUCAGGGGGGGAGGGGGUUAAAAUUUUGGAGAAAAAAAAUAAAACAACCAACCAGGACCCAAAACUCAAUUAUUUGGGGGGCCUCAUUGGAUCAAAAAGUCUCUUAAAAAAAUGAAGGCCAACUCAGCAUUCAUUUUCCCCCCACCCAACUCCAUUUAGGGAGGGGGGAUCGUAGAAAAAAAGUUCUGAGUGGAUUCAAAAAAGUAAACGCUGGAUGAGUGAAUUUGGGUGGGUUUGGGAUGGGUGGGUGGUUGAUUAUUUUUGAAGUUAUGUGGUGACGGUCCUUCGGCCACAGAUUUCAAGUCCCAUGCAGCGUGGGCUGGUGGGGUGGGCAAGAUAGGUGGGAAGGGGCAGAAGACACAAGUGGUUGGGCUGGUGGCUGCUGUUUUCCCUUUCCCCCCUCAGGAUCCUUUCAAGGGCUUAGAUGGUGCUGCGGCUUGUUUCUUUUUUUUCCUCGUGGCCGGCCUGUCUUUCUCCGAGAAAAUUCAAACCUGGGAUAAAAGGAACACAAGGGAGAAAGAUGUAAUCAAUACGGGUUGCUUUAAACACCCUAAGUACCAUAUUUGUUGUCUCCGAACACCUCCAUGUCCCAUCCCGAACACAGCCGCCUUCUAUAAACCAUGGUCCUUAACAGAACUCAUGCCUAACCCCUGCCCCAGUCCAACGAUCUUAACAAAACUUUACCCUCCAACCGACAAAACACCCAAACUUACCUCUAAACGAACCCCAGAAUGGCGGCUGCCUGCUCGGGCGGAGUCUUUUAUACCCAGACGCCGCCCAACGCGCCCAAACAUGCUAGUGAAACGCCCUUGUCGCGAGACAUUGUGCGCGAGGCGUGAAUUCAUUGGCCAACCCGAAAGACAACUCGCUAGCUGAUUGGCUAUCCUUCCUUCACCUUCGCUCAGCCCCUUCCCCCCAGUACCUUCUUCCGCCUCCUUCCUGGCCUCCCCCAAAAGCGCGUGACCGAAGAGCCCAGCACCUCCCUUUCCUCUGCUUCCACCACUUCCGUCCUCGAGAACACUUCUCACCCUGGUUGGUAGAACCGGGCCGGCGCAUGCGCAUUGAGAAGAUGUCGGUAGAAAUCUCCUUCAAAAUUGCUUAAAACGCAAGCUCUAAGUAUGAGAUCUAGAAGUCGUAGUGACUGGUUCGAGAAAAAGGCAAUUUUGAGGCCGAAUUCGAUUGUGACGCAGUUGAAAUUGGCCUCUCCCCACAGCCCCCCCUUUACGCUUCCGUACUGACGCAAGUGCGCGGCCGCCUCCCGCACUGCGGGCUCGCCCUUGGCCCUACCCUAGCCAGUUUCUUGGAGCAUGCGCAAUUGCCUUUCCGGCCUUUCCUGCCUUGGGCGUACGUCAAGAUGGCGGCCUCCGUAUUGCGUUUAUUGCUGAGGCGCCUUCCUAGCUUUUCGCCCUUCAGAGGUGCCUACGGAGUUCAGGUUCCCCUCCAGACUCUUUGCACCAAAGGCCCCCCUGAGGAAGAUUCUUUGUCCCCAGUUCCCAUAACCCCUUAUAAGAAUGAACCCUGGAAAUAUCUGGACUCAGAAGAAUACCAGAACCGUUAUGGUUCUCGCCCUGUCUGGGCUGACUACCGUAGAAACCACAAAGGUGGAAUACCCCCACAGCGGACUCGAAAGACAUGUAUUCGUAGAGAUAAAGUUGCUGGGAAUCCCUGCCCCAUCUGCCGGGAUCACAAGCUGCAUGUUGACUUUAGGAACGUGAGGAGAAUUGCUGAAGCAAAGUCAUGGGCAGGAGGGGUUGGGAUUGGGUUGACAAGUUUGCCUUGGAUUCAGAGCAUGGACAUUUAA